UACAUAAGUCAUAAAUUGUUAUCAAAUCAACUCUAGCCACUACAAUAGAAUGAAUUCAGUGAGAGAUAACAGAAAGAUGAACCUCCCUCCAAUACACUUGUCAACUGUGAUUGGUUUGUUGUUUUGCCUGUUGUGGAGUGUUGCUGAUAGUGUUCCCAACACCAACAUCACCAACGUUCUCUGCAACGGUGUCACCUACACCUCAGGGGACCCUUUUGCAAUUAGCUUAAGCUAUGUCCUUAGCGACUUAGAAACACAAACUCCAGCUCAUAAGAAUUAUGACUACCACAACAUUUCACCUUAUCCUAAUGCAUUUGCCUAUGGUCAUGCUUCUUGCAACCUCAAUCUCACGUCCUCUGACUGUAAAACCUGUCUUGGAGCUGCUAUACAGGACAUAUAUGACACAUGUCGGACGCCACGGGUAGGCGCUCGCUCGGUGCUCCGUGAUUGUUCACUCAGGUACGAGCAAUACCCGUUUGACGAUUAGCAUGUUUGGAUUCACGUUCAAAUCUUUCAAAAUCCCUUCUGCUCACACAAAAGCAACUAGAAGUAGUUUGACUUCUUCCAAAAUCAAUUCUCAUUUCAACGUGAGAAUCUACUAUCUAUCCUGCAUUAGAAACAAAAGGUUGGAGCUAUGUAUGCAUUGGUUUUCAAGAUUUCAUCUGAAAGGUUUUUGUUUUGUAACUAAUACUCUCACUUUGUAGUGUGAUUUACCAGUCUAGUUUUGAGUAUCAUCUUC